UCAUGCACUAUAUAUAAAUCCAUGCACUGAAUACUUGUGCAUCCACUCUCCUAUAUUCCCUCGUUUUCUCGCAGUAUUAGCGCACAAAUAGGAGAGCUUUUCAAGGUAAUUCUACAUUUGAAUUGAAAAAAAAUGGGAGGUGGAAAGGACAAAGGGCUUUUCUCUUAUUACGGCGAGUAUCCCCCGGCGCAGUAUCCCCCGGGACAGUAUCCACCACCUGGAGGGUACCCUGCACAAGGGUAUCCACCACCUGGAGGUUGCCCUCCACAGGGUUAUCCUCCAUCUGGACAUCCCCCACAUGGAUACCCUUCUUCAGGAUAUCCCCAAUACGGGUAUCCCCCGUCAGGUUACCCUGGUUCUGCUGGACAUCACUCAGGGUAUGGUUCUGGUGUAGGAACAAUGCUGGCUGGUGCAGCAGCAGCCCUCGGUGGUGGCGGCGGCGGCCACUACGCUCAUGGUCCAAGCCCUUAUGGCUACGGAGGCGGUCACUAUGGUCAUGGCAAGUUUAAGCAUGGCAAGCAUGGAAAACAUGGCAAGGGACAUGGAGGCAAAUUCAGGAAGUGGAAGUAAUCAAUUUAUAUUUCUAAAGUUAUAUUUCUUAGUCACUGACUCUAUGAAUAAUCUGUGACAUAGUAAAGCAGCCAAUAGGUCUGCUAACCUUAUUUCCUUUACUUCUGAGUGGGAAAAUGUUAUGUUUUAUGAAGCCUUUAAUGGCUCUGAUAUCGUGUUGUUAGU